CUAGUUGCGAAUCUGGAGCGGUUCAUGUUACUGCCGUUUACACCUGUGAACUGUUUGCAAACCCACCCCCGCUCGGCUCGUCACGCCGGAUCGCGGGGGGAGCGGGGGCUGGGCCAGGCUUCCCCCGGUGCGGCCACAUCAGCCCGAGGAGGCGGCCCAUCGGCUGCGGGAAGUCGAUUGCUGAGGUCUGGGGAGAGACACACCUUCCUCCGGCCCCAGCGCCGCAGAUCCGGGUGCAGCAGCCGAGGGGGGCAGAGGGGGAACCAGCCCCCCCAGCGGCGCGCGAGCGGGAGAUCCGCGCGCACCUUGGAAGAUGGCCUCCGCCAACGACACCCGGCAGGCCCAGAAAGAUGCCGCCGACCAGAACUUUGAUUACAUGUUCAAGCUGCUGAUCAUCGGGAACAGCAGCGUGGGGAAGACGUCCUUCCUGUUCCGCUACGCCGACGACUCCUUCACCUCGGCCUUCGUCAGCACUGUGGGCAUCGACUUCAAGGUCAAGACGGUCUAUAGGAACGAGAAGCGGGUCAAGCUGCAGAUCUGGGACACCGCAGGGCAGGAGAGAUACCGGACGAUCACGACGGCUUAUUACCGAGGAGCCAUGGGCUUUCUGUUGAUGUACGACAUCGCCAACCAGGAUUCCUUCAACGCCGUGCAGGACUGGGCGACCCAGAUCAAGACCUACUCGUGGGAUAACGCCCAGGUGAUCCUGGUGGGGAACAAGUGUGACCUAGAAGACGACCGAGUGGUGGCCACAGAGGAUGGCAAGCGGCUGGCAGAUGAGCUAGGGUUUGAAUUCUUCGAAGCCAGCGCCAAGGACAACAUCAACGUCAAGCAGGUCUUUGAGCGCCUGGUGGACAUUAUCUGUGAGAAGAUGAACGAGAGCCUGGACACCAACACCACCCUCGUCGGCAACAGCAAGAACGGGGCCCUGACCGAGACUCCACCCCCACAGUCCAACAGCUGCUCCUGCUAGAUAACAGACUCCACCCACCUCCACUCCUCUCUUUCCGCCCCCCUCGCCCCCCGCCCCAGCGAUCACACUGAUGUCAUAGAUAAUUAGGAUGGGAGGUUAUGGGGAGAGACAGAUCUCUUGGGCUGGUGUCCCACUGUUUCUCUAUUUGCCUAUGACAACAAUGCGUUUUCCCUUUCCUUAUUCCCAAGCCAGGGUUCUUCCAUCCCGGCAACCACAGCCAGCAGAGGGAUGAGGAACGUGAGCCCAUCCACCGGACCUCAGAGGUGGUGGGGCAGGCCCAGGCCCCCCACCGCUGACGCAAAUUGGCCUGACUUCCGUUGACUUUGAUGGCGCUGACGUGGAUGCUACGGAUCCAACGGGGGUCUGAUGCCUCAGCAGCUGCACAGUCUCUUGGGCGUGCGUCUAUUAACCAAGCCCUAGGUACAGCUUUGCAGAAGGCUGGGGCAUCGAACCCCCACGUAGAUCUGUGACAACUGCUCUGUGUUUGUA